AUGUCUGGCAAGCCCUCGCUGAUCUUCAUCCAUGGAUCUUGGCAUCACACCGAUACGUGGAAUAAGAUUGUCCCACUUCUUGAAGACCAGCAGUUCAAAUGUGUCCGCGUCGCUCUUCCAUCAGGAGCAUCAGACCCUUCUUUAGGUCUACCAGAGGAUGUUAAAGCCGUUCGAGAUGCGAUUGUGGCGGAGACCUCCCAAGGUCGCGAUGUCAUGGUCGUGGUGCACUCCUAUGGGGGUCUUGUAGGAAGCAGUGCAGUCAAGGGACUUACACGGAACAAGGAAGAUGGUUCUUCGCCGGCCAAGAGUACCUCCGGCCAUGUAAUCGGCAUUGCUAUGAUAGCGACUGGUUUCGCUCAAACAGGUCUAUGCUUUAUGGAAGGGCUCGGUGGUAUUACGCCUCCAGCGUGGAAAUUCAACCAGCAAACCGGCUUUGUCGACCUAGUGGAUGAUCCCAGAGAACUUUUCUACCAUGAUCUAUCCGUAGAAGAGGGUGAUUACUGGGUCUCGAGGCUUAUAAAUCAGUCGACGAAAGCUUUGGUGGAAGGAGGCGAGUCCGUUUAUUCUGGCUGGAAGGAUACACCAGUCUGGUAUCUGUCAACGAAACAGGACCAUGGGCUCCCAUUCGAGGCACAGAAGUUCUUUGUGCAAAGUGCCAAGGAGGCCGGAGGCGAUAUUACCGUUCGAGAGAUUGACACUAGUCAUUCCCCGAUGUUGAGCAAGCCGGAAGAAACUGUCGCUUUUAUAGUUGAUGCAGUAAAAGCUUUGAAGGAUAAGAAAAGAAGACGUAUUGUAACAUGCUGGCGGCAUUAA